CGUUACCUUCGUUCUUCAUCACAAUUAUCCCAGGGUAUCUCCGGAGAAGCCACGCCAGCUCGCGAAAAAGAAGAAGAAACGAUCAUCAUGGCUUUCCUCGGCUUCAAAGCAUACCCAACCCCCAUCUGGAAGCCGCUCGGCCCGUUCAUCGUCGCGUCCGGCAUCGUCUUCUGGGGCGUCAACGCUCUUCAAAACUCGAUGGUCAAGAGCGGGGAAAAUGCAAAGGAUCCGCGCAACCCAUAUGGCCAAAAGGUGCACAAGGAGUCACACCACUAGACGCGCUCAAGAUAGGACAUAACGCAGCCGCAAAGUCGGUCUUUGCACCGCUGUAACCAUCUUGUCGUGGAAUACAUGACCAACUGAGCAAGAAAGUCACUUUAAGAAUCGUCCGGGCGUUUGUCAUGCGCGAUUGAAUUGCAGAGGGCACAGCGUUUCCUGAUAAGGUUCUAAAGGAGAGAGGAAGAAUUAAGCACAUAAAUACAGAAAGGACUGAUGAGGUUUGUAAUUGCUUCUUCAAAACUUGGAAUGCCUUGCAU